AUGCUGGACAGAAGUCUGAUUUAUUCUGAAUACGACAAUAAAGUUAUUUAUAAAGUGGCGCUGAAUAAACAGAAAACAGAGAUUAUAAGUACUGAGCAUAAUCCUGGAGGACUCUGUUGUACCAAGUCAGGUGAUAUCCUGGUCUGUAUGGGUUACAGAGGUACAGCAAGAGUGUCCGGAAAUCUUCAUUUUACCUAUGACGGGCACGUCAUAGCCAGUAUUUUAAAAGACAGAUUCCAACCCAGUGGUGUGGCUACCGACAGUCUUGGUCACAUCCUUAUCGCAGACAGAGCCAAUAACGCCGUGCACCUGAUCAGCCAGGACGGGGACUUCCUGUCUUACAUCCUGACAGAGAACGAUGGGAUAUCACGGCCAUACGGAAUCUCUGUGGACAGGCACGACAACCUGUGGUUGGUAGAACAAGAAAAAGCCUGUGUCAAAGUGUAUCGGUAUCUCUAG